AUGGGUGGACCAUCUCUGUCGAGAUCUAGCUCACCUCAGCCGCAGUUCUCGCAAAGGCCGACUGCUAAAAGAUCCCCAUCGAUUCUAGUUACUGAUACUAGAAGCAGCAGUUCUAAGGGUGCUAGGGCUCCUUUUGCUGGCCAUAAAUUUAAAAAGCAGCAACAGCUGCUGCUGAGUUCUACACACCAUUCCCGCCAACCUAGUUUUCAGGCGCGUUUUGGCUCUAGGUCUAAUAAGUAUACAGACAUAUCGGUUGAUAAGUUACUCAGCAACUCCAGUGAUAUUCCAUCAGGACAGAGCAGGUUACCGCCAUUGCUAAAUCGGUUUGGAAGAAGAUCUCCACCUGAUGCUCAAGGAUAUAACGGUUCAAAUAUCGAGCCCGAAGGUAGAAUAAAUGGGACAGGAGCUCCCUUUUGGAGAAAGAAUAUAAGGAAUAUCCCCAACUUGUCGCAACCAUUACCUUCCAGAACAUCAAAAACAUCACAAAAGCUAGUAUUAAUACCAGAGCAGCAUCAGAGACUUGGGUCACCAGUUCCUCAUAUACCGCCUCAAUACUCAUCUCAGGCUGUUCCAUUUAAUCCCGAUUUACAAUCUCAAAUUCAAAGGUCUAGGGCAGAGCUUAUGUCAAAAGAAGAAAGGGAAUAUGAAUUUUGUAGAAUGACAGCUUAUUUCAUAUGCGAGCAAUUCAAUAUAAAGGCUGUUUCGGAGUUUCUUAAGAAAAAUCACGAAGUGAAUCCCAGAGUCUAUGAUGAAGUGCUAUACAUCCCUUAUGCAUUACCAUUGCUUCCAGGGGCAGAUGGUUAUCGAAUCAAGUCUAAUAAUUCUGCAAAGCUGCUUCCAAAUAAACGUUAUAUGGAAAAGAUGAUAAACAAAAGUGAGCAAGCUGAUCAUUUGUACGAAUAUUAUUCUGGAUUUGAAACACCUGAAGAUGCAAAUAAUUAUUCCAUGGACCCAGAGCUAGAAAAUUUCGAUAAUAAUUCUCCUUUCGAUCCCUCCGAACCUCAGUUUUUUGCUCCUCCCAUUGCUCGAAGAGGUGGAACAGAGCUGAAUUUAGAAAGCAAUGGUGAGCAUACAUCUCAAGAGACAAAGUCUACAUUAGAAACACCUAAAGACGAACUUAAGAUAAAAAAAGACCAAAUCAAAGAUUCUCUAAAGACUCAUGGAAAUGAAUCUCUGUCGGAGCUCUCUAAGCAUCACGCAGAAAUGUUUAUUUUUAAAUAUGGUGUUGUUGUAUUUUGGAAUUUUUCUGAAAUACAUGAGAAGAAUAUUCUAGCAGACUUGGCCUUUGCUUCGCAUGACCCUGAACCUUUAUUGAUAAAUCCAAUUGAUGAGCAAGAUAUUGAAACAGAAGAAUUCCAUUUUGAAUAUGACAGUGAUAUCUACAGGCCUCGAAUUUAUAACGACAUGAUAACAUUAAGAUCUGGUGACCACCUCAUCAAACUUACAAUGUCACAUGCAAUAGCACAACUGACAAAGCUUAGUUUGUUUGAGAGUAGAAUGGUUAAUAUCUUACAGCUGAUUUCAAAGCUUCCGAAGAAAUUAGCAUUAACCGGUAAGUUGGGCUUGAAAAGGCACCAGCUUAUAAAGAAAUCCGGAAAAUUAUUCAAGUUACGAGUUGAUGUAAAUUUAUCUAGCUCAAUUUUGGAUACGCCGGAUUUUUUUUGGUCCUUUGAGCCCGCUCUUCAUCCAUUGUAUACCGCAGUUCGAGAGUAUUUGGAAAUUGAUCAAAGAGUCCAAGUAUUAAAUGAUAGAUGUAAAGUUUUCUUGGAGUUCCUGGACGUCAUAAGUGACAGCAUGAAUGAACUGAACACAAAUAGGAUUACCUGGAUGAUAAUAAUUAUCAUCUUUAUGAAUUUAUCUGUUAGUGUGUUCGAGUUUAUUUUGGAACUUUUAUAG